AGAAGUUCCAGAAAUGUCAUUCACAGUUCCAGAAACAUCUCACUGUGGCUUCCCUUCAAUCUUUCUCUAUAAAAAAAAAAAUAUAUAUAUAGACUGUGGAAAUCAGUCCCGACUGUCUCAGGCAAUUGGAGUAUAAAUGAACCCUAGCCAGAACAGCGAGAGUGUAUUUGUGUGUGUGAUGUAUGUAUGUGUGAUGUGGUAUGUGGGGGCACGUGUGUGGUGUGAUGUGUGUGUGCACAUGUAUGUGUGCUUGCGUAUAUGUAUGUGAAGGAGUGAGCACUCAACUGUGUUUGCGUGUGUGUGGUAUGUUGUGCUGCAGUUUGUGUGUGUGUGAUGUGUGUGUGCAUGUGUGAUGUGUGUACGUAGUAUAAGGUGUGUGUGACAUGUGUGCAUGUGUAUAUGUGUAUGAGGGAAUGACACUCGUGUGUGCACGUGUGGUAUGUUGUGCAGUGUAAUGUGUGUGCACGUGUGAUGUGUGUAGUAUGAGGUGUGUGUGACGUGUGUGCACAUGUGUAUAUGUGUAUGAGGGAAUGACAUUCAUGUGUUUGUGUGCGUGGUAUGUCGUGGUGCAGUGUAAUGUGUGUGUGCAUGUGUGAUGUGUGUAUGUAGUGUGAGGUGUGUGUGACGUGUGCACAUGUGUAUAUGUGUAUGAGGGAAUGACACUUGUGUGUGCAUGUGUGGUAAGUUGUGCUGUGUAAUGUGUGUGCAUGUGUGAGGUGUGUAUAUAGUAUGAGGUGUGUGUGACGUGUGUGCACAUGUGUAUAUGUGUAUGAGAAUGACAGUCAUGUUUGUGUGUGUGUGGUAUGUUGUGCAGUGUGUGUGUAAGUGUAAUGUGUGUGUGGUGGGAUGUGGUGUGUGUGUGCCUGUGAUGUGGUGUGUAUAUAGUAUGAAGUGUGUGUGUGGCAUGUGUGCAUGUGUAUACAUGUAUGAGGGAAUGACACUCGUGUGUGUUUGCACGUGUGUGGUAUGUUGUGGUGCAGUAUGCAUAUGCGUGUGACGUGUGUGCAUGUGUAUGAGGGAAUGACACUCGUGUUCACACAUGUGUGGUAUGUUGUGGUACAGUGUAUGUGUGUGCACGUGUGAUGUGUGUAUGUAGUAUCAGGUGUGUGUGACGUAUGUACGUGUGUAUACGUGUAUGAGGGAAUGACACUCAUAUGUUCGUGCGUGUGUGGUGUGUUGUGGCGCAGUAUGUGUGUGUGCACGUGUGACGUGUGUAUGUAGUAUCAGGUGUGCACGUGUAUAUGUGUGUGAGGGGUGAGGUGAAGUGAGUGCCUCCGUGGACUGUGCUAGGCCUAGACGCCCCCGGCCUGCGGCAGCCUUUACUUCUGAACCACUUCUCGCCAUCGGUUUUUGCUCUGGCUGUUGUGACAUGCUGACUGCCUCACACAUCUUAUGUUCAGAGCCGGGAUGGGAGGUUCCAGUUCUGACUGCCUUAAAUAUGGAGAGUUGGGAUCAGACGAUCUGCUUCUAGAAGUGGACUCUAGAGCAUGUGACUUCAUGUCUUUGUUGUCAGCUUCCUCGUUUGUAAGAUGGGUAUAAACAGUCUCAUGGGACUGUUUUCAGGAUGGAAGGAGAUGCUGGAUAUGACAAAACUCUGCAAAAUACAAACCAGUUGAAACAGUUGCUGUCGCGUCAACUCCAGCUCAUGGUGACCCCAUGUGUGUCAGGGUAGAACUGUGCUUUUAAUGGCUGAUUUUUCAGAAGUAGAUCACCAGGCUUUUUUUCUGAAACACGUCUGGGUGGACUCAAACCUCCAACCUCCAACUUUGGGGUCAGCAGUCGAGUGCAUUAACCAUUUGCCCCACCCAGAGACUCCUAAAGUGCUGUAAGCACCCGAAUAUUAGAAAACAGGUCCCUGCUUGAAUCCAUCUCAGAGUGGGAGUAGGGGCGGGCAUCAAGCAGAAGGAGCAAGAUGAGUAAACAGCAAACAGGACUUAAGGGGUGAGGAAGGGCAGCAGACAAGCCUUAGCUGGGAAGGCUCCUGCAAGAGGUGGUUUCCAAAGGAGAAGGGGCAGAUGGGAAGGUAUAGGGUGUUUCCCUUCUCCCGUGCAGAAAAACCCCUGGCUGAGGGACAGAUGCAAUUUGAUCUGGAGGCUGCAUCUUCUCCUGUGCUCAGCCAGCUGAACCAUCAGCAGACAGGCUGUCAAGGGGCUGCCACUGCACCUUCCCAACCAGGACAGAUCCUGGCUAGGAACUGGGCCAAGUCAGGGCCUCCUGCAGCCCAGCUCUCCUGCCGGCAAAGGAGAUUUAGGCACCAGCAAGAUGUUCUUUUUGAAUUCAGUCCAUGCACCUGGGCCCCAUCUACAGCAGCUCUCGUUUUACCAACACCUCCUCUCCCCACUCAGGCUUCCUGUUUUGAAACCACCAAUAGACGGAAACUGUGAGUGCUGCCGCUUUAACGGCUCAAGCUGUGUGUGAGAGUGUGUGCGCUGUGUGAAUGUGAAUGUGCGCUACGUGAACAUGUUUACAGUGUGUGUGCCGUGUAAAUGUGUGUGUGUGUGCUGUGUGAAUGUGUGCUGUGUGAAUGUGCGCUAUGGGAACGUGUGAGAGUGUGUGCUAUGUGAAUGUGUGUGUGAAUGUGUGUGCUGCGUGAAUGUGUGUACCUGUGUGAAUGUGUGUGUGCUGUGCGAAUGUGUGUACUGUGUGAAUGUGUGUGUGCUGUGUGAAUGUGUGUGUGUGCUGUAUGUGUGUGUGCUGUGUGAAUGUGUGUGUGCCGUGUGAGUGUGAACGUGUGCUAUAUGAACAUGUGAGAGUGCAUGCUAUGUGAAUGUGUGUGUGCUGUGUGAAUGUGUGUGCUGUGUGAAGGUGUGUAUGCGUACUAUGUGAAUGUGUGAACCUGUGUGUGUGCUGUGUGAAUGUAAAUGUGUACUGUGUGAACGUUAUGAGUGUGUGCUGUGUGAAGCUUUUUGUGUGUGCUGUGUGAAUGUGUGUGUACUGUGCGAAUGUGUGUAUGUACUAUGUGAAUGUGUGUGUACUGUGUGAAUGUGUGUGUACUGUGUGAAUGUGUGUAUGUACUGUGUGAGUGUGUGUGUGUACUGUGUGAAUGUGUGUAUGUACUAUAGUAUGUGAAUGUGUGUGUACUGUGUGAAUGUGUGUAUGUACUGUGUGAGUGUGUGUGUGUGUACUGUGUGAAUGUGUGUAUGUACUAUAGUAUGUGAAUGUGUGUGUACUGUGUGAAUGUGUGUAUGUACUAUGUGAAUGUGUGUAUGUACUGUGUGAGUGUGUGUGUGCUGUGUGAAUGUGUGUGUGUACUGUGUGAAUGUGUGUGUGUGCUAUGUGAAUGUGUGUGUGUACUGUGUGAAUGUGUGUGUACUGUGUGAAUGUGUGUGUACUGUGUGAAUGUGUGUGUACUGUGUGAAUGUGUGUGUGUACUAUGUGAAUGUGUGUGUGUACUGUGUGAAUGUGUGUGUGUACUGUGUGAAUGUGUGUGUACUGUGUGAAUGUGUGUGUACUGUGUGAUGUGUGUGUACUGUGUGAAUGUGUGUGUACUAUAUGAAUGUUUGUGUGCACUAUGUGAAUGUGUGUGUGUACUGUGUGAAUGUGUGUGUACUGUGUGAAUGUGUGUAUGUACUGUGUGUGUACUGUGUGAAUGUGCGUGUACCGUGUGAAUGUGUGUGUGUACCGUGUGAAUGUGUGUAUGUACUGUGUGAAUGUGUGUGUGCUGUGUGCAUGUGUGUGUACUCUGUGAAUGUGUGUAUGUACUAUGUGAAUGUGUGUGUGUGCUGUGUGAAUGUGUGUACUGUGUGAAUGUGUGUAUGUACUAUGUGAAUGUGUAUAUGCACUGUGUGAACGUGUGUGUGCUGUGUGAACGUGUGUGUGCUGUGUAAAUGUGUGUGUGCUGUGUGAACAUAUGCGUACAGUGUGAAUGUAAAUGUGUACUGUGUGAAUGUUAUGAGUGUGUGCUGUGUAUGUGGGCUUGUGUUGUAUGAGUGGGUGUGUGUGCAUGUGAAAAUGUGUGUCAAUGUGUAUAUGUGAGUGGGUAGAUUGUGUGUGGUUGUAUGAUAGCAUGUGUGUAUGUAGGUGUGACCGUAUUAGUAUAAUUGUGCGGGAGCAUGUGUUUCAUAUACAUUAACGUGUGUGACUGAGUGUGUGUGAGUAUGUGUUGUGUGAGUGCAUGAGCAUGUGUUGUGAAACCCCUUCGGGCAUGUGUGUCUGUGUGUGUGAGCAUGUGUGAGUGUGUGUGUGAGCAUGAGUGGAUGGAACAGCCUGGGGAAAAGCAGUGAGGCAGAGCUCUGCCCUUGCAGGGAGAUGACGGAUUGGCGUGGGGAGGCUCCACGGCAGCCACUGCCUCCCAGCGAACAUGUCUCCUGAGCAGCAAGAAGGAAGAGCCCUGUGAAAUUAGUGUGCACAAGCACAUAAGAGAGGACUGCCGAGGCCUUUCCUGUCAUCACUAAAAACUCGUCUCUUGACUUGUAGAAGAGUCUUUUUUUUCUUUCCAAGAUUUAAAACAGAAAUAAUUUCUUACCACUCCGAAGUGGCUUCUUGAGGAACUAGGUCACAUAAUAGACUAGACUCCAAGCCCCCCUAACUUGAAGGGCAGGGGCUGUGUUUAGUCCAUGUCUUUAUCCUCAGUAUCUAGCAGAGUUUGUGGCAGGUAGAAGGGGUCCAGGGAGUUCAUUUAGCAAGCAUUUAUUUGGUGCUUACUAUGCACCAAGGAUUGUUCAAAGUUCUUGGGAUUCAAACAGAUCAUAAAGAAGCCUCUGGUCUGAGGUAACAUGGAGUCACUGGGAGAGACCAUUGUAAGUGAGUAAAUAUAUCAGUGUGUCACGGCUGCUAAUGUUGGCUGAAAGAAUGGAUUCCUUUUAAGGCCCUUUCUUUGGCUUUUCAGAUGAAGCUCUGGAUUUUUUUUUUCUGGCUUCUGUAGAGGGAAGGCCAUUAUCAAUAUGCCUUCCUUCAUUUACAAAGAUAGUAUUAUUGGCCCAUGUUUUUUAAAAACAAAAAUUUUCUCAUGCUAGAAUGAAGAAAACCAAAGACACAAAGGAAAGAUUAGUCCACAGGACUAAUGGACCACAACUACUACAACCUCCACCAGGCUGAGCCCAGAGCAACUAGAUAUUGCUGGGCUACCACCACCAACUGCUCUGACAGUGAUCACGAUAGAGGCUGAAAUAGAGUGGGAGAAAAAUUAGAACAAAAUUCAAAUUCAUUUUUAAGAAAAGACCAGACUUGCUGGUCUGACAGCCUGGAGAAACCCCAAGAGUAUGGCCCCAGACACCCUUUUAAAUCAGUACUGAAGUCACUCCCAAGGGUCACCCUUCAGCCAAAGAUUAGACAGGUCUGUAGGGCAAACAAUAACGUGAGGAAUGUGCCUCGUAGUUCAAUCAUCUAUUGAGAAUAAAUGGGCACAUCAGCCCAAAAGAAAAGACCAGAAGGGAAGAAGGUACAGGAAAACUGGCAUUGGGGUGGAGAAAGGGAGAGUGUUGACACAUCACGGUGCUGGCAACCAGAGUCACAAAACAAUUUAUGUAUUCAUUGUUUAAUGAAAAACUAAUUUGCUUUAUAAACUUCCACCUAAAACACAAUAAAAAAAAAUUUCUCCUUGUAAGAAAAUAUAAAUGCACUUGAAAACACUAUGCUGAGUGAAGUAAGCCAGUCACAAAAGGACAAAUAUUGUAUGAUCUCACUUAUGUGAAAUAUCUAGAUAAGCAAAUGUAUCGAGACCAAAGUUUAUUAGUGGUUACCAGGGACAGGAGGGAGGGGGAAAAGGAGAACCAUUGUUUAGGAAGCAUGGAGUAUCUGUUAAUGGCAAUGGUAGAUUUGGCAGUGGAUACUGGUGAUGGUUGCACAACAUGAUGAAUAUAAUAAAAAAAAUAGAAAAUAUAAACAGGUGAAUUUCUUUCUCUGGCCAUGCCACCUCCCACCUCAGUGCUGGCCUCUUGCCAGCUUCUUGUACUUUCAUUCCUUUCCUCCAUUGUACCUGCUGUUCCUUCUCCUUUCGUAUCUGGAUGGCAAAAUUCCACUCAUCUAUCAAGGCCCAGCUCAAAUCCCACCUUCUCUGUGGGCAGAGUUAAUCUGUCCCUCUUGGCAAUCCACCCACACACCUUAAACUACCAAGUGAGCAUGUAUAUGACAGGCAUUAUGAUUGUUUGUUCCGUAUUUGUCCUCUGUCUCAACCAUGAGGUCCUUGAGGCCAGGAACUAUGUCUUUAUCACUGAGUUCCCCAGAGCCUGGCAUGAGGCCUGGUCCUUCUUAGCUGUUCAGUAUAUAUGGAAUGGAUAAGCAGAUGGAUGGGUAGGCAGAUGAAUGAUGGAUGGUUAGAUGGAUACCCCUUUGCCUGCCUUUCUGUAAUGAAAAGUACACAGUAAAGAGAUGACAGCCCAGGAUAAGGGGUGUAGACCAAGGCCUAGGGACCAGGCAAGGGGAGAAGUUUUAACAGUGAGUAAGAUUGAGUCUGGGCUUCUUUCACAUUUCUAUAAAUGACCUGGAUAAGGAAGUUUAGAGCAAAACUCACAUGUCUACGGAUAGCACAAAGUUCUGUCUGUAGUAAAUGCCACUGCAGUAGGGACAGACCUCCUAAGAUAUGAGUUGGCAAAGAAGUGGGAGGCGGUUUCAGUAUGAGCCAAUUCAAGCCAGUGCAUUUAGGCAGAAGUUAUCCAAGGUAUAAGAUGGCAUCAUUGGCAAGAAGGAAAAAGGACCUGGGAGUCACUCCAUUCAAUGAAUUAAGCACCUACUAUGUGUUGUGCUUUGUAUUCGAGACUGUACCUCCUGCCCAUGACAAUCUCACAGUCUUAUGGAGGGGAAUGUUCCCAGUGUAGUGGGGGACACAGACAGAAGGAAAUAACUAGAGACCAGCCUGAUAAGUGCUGAUGUUGUUGUUAGGUGCCAUCAAGUCAGUUCCAACUCAUAGCAACCCCUGCAUUGUAUUCAAGACUGUACCUCCUGCCCAUGACAAUCUCACAGUCUUAUGGAGGGGAAUGUUCCCAGUGUAGUGGGGGACACAGACAGAAGGAAAUAACUAGAGACCAGCCUGAUAAGUGCUGAUGUUGUUGUUAGGUGCCAUCAAGUCAGUUCCAACUCAUAGCAACCCCUGCACAACAGAAUGAAACACUGCCCAGUCCAGCGCCAUCCUCCCAAUUGUUGCUGUACUUGAGCCCAUUGUGGUAGCCACUGUGUCAAUUCAUCUCGUUGGGGGUCUUCCUCAUUUUUACUGACCCUGUACUUUACCAAGCAUGAUGUCCUUCUCUAGGGCCUGAUCCCUCUUGUUAACAUGUCCAAAGUAUCUGAGACAUAGUCUUGCCAUCCUUGCUUCUAAGGAGCAUUCUGGUUGUACUUCUUCCAAGACAGAUUUGUUUGUUCUUUUGGCAGUCCAUGGUAUAGUCAACAUUCCUCACCAGCAUCACAAUUCAAAGGCGUCAAUUCUUCUUGGUCUUCCUUAUUCAUUGUCCAGCUUUCAUAUGCAUAUGAGGCGAUUGAAAACACCAGGGCUUGGGUCAAGUUCACCUUAGGCUUCAAGGUGACAUGUUUGGCUCUCAACACUUUAAAGAGGACUUUUGCUGCAGAUUUGCCCAAUGCAGUGUGUCUUGAUUUCUUGACUGCUGCUUCCGUGUGUGUUGAUUGUGGAUCCAAAUAAAAUGAAAUCCUCAACAGCUUCAAACUUUUCUCUGUUUAACAUGAUGUUGCUUAUUGUUCCAGUUGUGAGGAUUUUUGUUUUCUUUAUGUUGAGGUGUAAUCCAUACUGAAGGCUGUGGUCUGCAUCAGUAAGUACUUCAAGUCCUCUUCACUCUCAGGAAGCAAGGUUGUGUCAUCUGCAUAACGCAGGUUGCUAAUGAGUCUUCCGCCAAUCCUGAUCCCUCGUUCUCCUUCAUAUAGUCCAGCUUCUCGGAUUAUUUGCUCAGCAUCGUGACUGAAUAGGUAUGGUGAAAGGAUACAACUCUGACACACGCCUUUUCUGACUUUAAACCAUGCAAUAACCUCUUGUUCUGUUUCAAUGCUGCCUCUUGAUCCAUGUACACAUUCCUCAUGAGCACAAUUAAGUGUUUCAGAAUUCCCAUUCUCCGCAAUGUUAUCCAUGAUUUGUUAUGACCCACACAGUCGAAUGCCUUCAUAGUCAGUAAAACACAGGUAAACAUGUUUUUGUUAUUCCCUGCUUUCAGCCAGAAUCCAUCUGCUAUCAGCAAUGGUAUCCCUGGUUCCAUGUCCUCUUCUGAAUCCGGCUUAAGUUUCUGGUAGUUGCCUGUCGAUUUACUGCUGCAGCCACUUUUGAAUAAUCUUCAGCAAAAUUUUGCUUGCAUGUGAUAUUAUUGAUAUUGUUCGAUAAUUUCUGCAUUUGAUUGGAUCACCUUUCUUGGAAAUAGGCAUAAAUAUGGAUCUCUUCCAGUCAGUUGGCCAGGAAGCUGUUUCCAAAUUUCUUGGCAUAGGCAAGUGAGCACUUCCAGUGCUGCAUCCAUUUGUUAAAACAUCUCAAUUGGUAUUCCGUCAAUCCCGGAGCCUUGUUUUUCACCAAUGCCUUCAGUGCAGCUUAGUGCUAAUAGAGGAAUAUUAUAAUGUGCUGUGCGUCCUCCAAGGACAGCUGCUCUGCUGGGGUGAGAUGACAGUGGGGAAGGGUUCAUUCCUUCAUUCAUUCAGUCCUUACUCAUUUAAUGAACACUGCAGGACAUUGACUGUGUGCUAAGUCCUAAAGGCACACGGUUAAACAGAUACGGGUCCUUAUCUCCAAAGAGCUAUAGUCCAGUGGAGGAUAAGGAUAGUAAAGUGUAAGAAGGGCCACUGGGGAGGUUUGUGAGGAGGUGAACCCUCAACUUAGUCUUAAAGUCAUCCUUUGAGUUGUUGCAAGGAAAAAAAGUCACAAAGUUUAGUAAAGCAAAAAGAAAGUUUUAUUCAGCAUAUAUUCAAAAAGGUAAAAGUGGGAAAUCGGACAAGCACACUGCCAGAGCCAUGUCUGCCUGAGCCAAAGGAAGUAUUACAGAAUAAGCAAAAGUGGGCAAACGGACAAACAUGCUGCCACAGCCAUGUCUGCCCAAGUCCAAGGAAAUUACAGAAUCAUCAGUAUACAUCAACAUUACAAAAUGAGUAAAAUCAUUGAAAGCUUCACCUUUUCACUGAUUGGCUAAAAACUGUGAGAUUAACCUGAUUCUGCAUGUUGAAUCAUCUUUCAUAAUAAUCAUUGGUACAGAUUUCAGUAACGACAGUCAGGAAAGCCAUCAUUGGUCCGACAGAUUUUCUAUUCACUAAAUGCUAAUAGAAAAAGGUAAGAGUGGAAAGUCUUUUGUGUUCUGUUUGAUUGGUUUAUGUGAAAGGGUCCCUAAAAGAUAUUUUCCAAGAUUGUCCUAGCUAUUGCUUUCAUAUCUCAGGGCCCAGUUGAUGUGUCCUGUGAGUCCUUGUGAGUCCAGCUGCAGCUGGGUCACAUUCUCUUUGCUCAAGGAUAGAGAAUAAUAACUCCAAUAUUAUUUCCUAAAUCAAAGUUCAGUAGGCAGAAAAGAGGAGAUGUGGGCAGAUAGUCCCAGUAGAGAAAACAAAGCGAGCAAAGUUCAACACAGUAUCAGGGAGUGUUAGGGGACUGCAGAGGCUUCUCUGGCUGAAGUAUAGGCCAUGUAGGGGUGGGGGUACAGAGGAAGGCAGCCAGGCUGAUGGAAGCCAGCAUGGGCUGUGGCUCGAGCUUUGGGGACCCUCUGAAGGAUUUCACAUAAGACAGUGGCAUGAUCCAGGUUGGUAUUUUAGGAAGAUUAUUCUGGCUUCAGUGGAGGAUAGACUGGGAAUUGGAGAAUGGCAGCGAGGGUGAAACCAGCAGCCCAGCUGUUGCUAUUAUCAGGUGCCAUCAAAUCAUUUCCAACUCAUAGCAACCCUUCGUAGAACAGAACGAAACACUGCAACGCCAUGCUUACAGCCGUUGUUUUGCUUGAGCCCACUGUCGCAGCCACUGUGUCAGUCCAUCUCAUUGAGGGUCUUCCUCUUUUUUGCUGACCCUCUACUUUACCAAGAAUGAUGUCCUUUUCCAGGGACUGAUCCCUCCUGAUAGCAUGUCCAAAGUAUGUGAGACAUAGUCUCACAUUCCUUGCCUCUAAGGAGCAUUCUGGUUGUACUUCUUCCAAGACAGAUUUGUUCGAUCUUUUGGCAGUCAAUGAUGUAUUCAAUAUUCUUCGCCAACACCACAAUUCAAAGGGAUCAGUUCAUCUUGGUCUUCCUUAUUCAUUGCCUAGCUUUCACAUGCAUAUGAGGUGAUUGAAAACACCAUGGCUUAGGUCAGCUGCACCUUAGUCUUCAAGGUGACAUCUUUGCUUUUCAGCACUUUAAAGAAGCCUUUUGCAGCAGAUUUGCUCAAUGCAAUGCGUCUUUUGAUUUUUUUUUUUUACUUCCAUAGGCGUUGAUUGUGGAUCCAAGUAAAAUGAAAUCCUUGACGACAUCAGUCUCUUCCCCAUUUAUCAUGAUGUUGCUCAUUGGUCCAGUUGUGAGGAUUUUUGUUUCCUUUAUGUUGAGGUGUAAUCCAUACUGAAGGCUGUGGUCUCUGAUCUUCAUCAGUAAGUGCUUCAAGUCCUCUUCACUUUCAGCAAGCAAGUUUGUGCCAUCUGCGUAACGCAGGUUGUUAACGAGCCUUCCUCCAAUCCUGAUGCCCCGUUUUUCAUAUAGCAGCCAAGAGAACCUCUAAAUCAUCCAAGCAAGAGCUUCUGUGUUGAGUAGAAUGAAGGAAAUGGACCUGGAAUGACUUGUUGUUGUUAGCUGUCAUUGUGUUGGCCCUCAACUCAUGACAACCCCAUGCACAACAGAACAAAAUGAUGCCCUGUCUGCACCAUCCCCAUGAUCUGCUGCGGAUCAGACCCUUGUGAUCCAUGAUCCAUAGGGGUUUUCCUGGCUGAUUUUGGAAGUAAAUUGCCAAGCUUUCUCCCUAGUCCAUCCCAGUCUGGAAGACCUGCUGAAACCUGGGUAGCAUCAUAGCAACACACAAGCCUCCACCUACAGAUGGGUGGUGAAUGCGCCUGAGGUGCAUUGUCUGGGAAUCGAACCUGGUUUCUUGCCUGGAGGGAGAUGAUUCUACCACUGUACCACCAGUGCCCACCAAUGAUUUAGGAAGUGGAAUCGUCCGGAUGAUAUUAACCAACAAAAAGCCUUGGCUUCCACAGGAGGAAGAAGUGUUCAGGCAGCAUGUGACUGGUUGGUUGUUCUCCCACGUCGGUGACCCCUUCCUGGAUGACCCUCUGCCCCGGGAAUACGUCCUAUACCUCCGCCCCACUGGCCCCUUAGCACAAACGCUUUCUGACUUUUGGCAGCAGUCGAAGCAGAUCUGCGGGAAGAACAAGGCGCACAACAUCUUCCCCCACAUCACCCUCUGCCAGUUCUUCAUGUGUGAGGACAGCAAGGUGGAGGCCCUGGGGGAAGCCCUGCAGACCACCGUCAGUCGUUGGAAAUGUAAAUUCUCAGCCCCACUGCCCCUGGAGCUCUAUACCUCCUCCAACUUCAUCGGCCUCUUCGUGAAAGAAGACAGCGCUGAGGUCCUCAAGAAGUUUGCUGCGGACUUUGCUGCAGAGGCUGCAUCCAAAACCGAAGUACGCGUGGAGCCUCAUAAGAAGCAGCUGCACGUGACCCUGGCUUACCACUUCCAAGCUAGCCACCUGCCCACCCUAGAGAAACUAGCCCAGAACAUAGACGUCAAACUCGGGUGUGACUGGGUGGCCACCAUAUUCUCUCGGGAUAUCCGAUUUGCUAACCAUGAGACAUUGCAGGUGAUCUACCCCUACAGCCCGCAGAAUGACGACGAGCUGGAGCUGGUUCCUGGGGACUUCAUCUUCAUGUCUCCAAUGGAGCAGACCAGCACCAGCGAAGGCUGGAUCUAUGGCACAUCCCUGACCACUGGCUGUUCGGGGCUCCUUCCUGAGAAUUAUAUCACCAAGGCUGAUGAAUGCAGCACCUGGAUAUUCCAUGGUUCUUACUCCAUCCUAAAUACAUCAUCUUCUCACUCUCUCCCACUUGGUGAUGGAAUACUGGAGAGGCAGCAGUAUGAGGACCAGGGACUGGGGGAGACGACUCCCCUCACUAUCAUCUGCCAGCCCAUGCAGCCUCUGAGAGUCAACAGCCAGCCUGGCCCUCAAAAGCGAUGCCUCUUUGUGUGUCGGCAUGGUGAGAGAAUGGAUGUUGUGUUUGGGAAGUACUGGCUCUCCCAGUGCUUUGAUGCCAAAGGCCGCUACAUACGCACCAACCUGAACAUGCCUCAUAGCUUACCUCAGCGGAGUGGUGGUUUCCGGGAGUAUGAGAAAGAUGCCCCAAUCACUGUGUUUGGAUGUAUGCAAGCAAGGCUCGUGGGUGAGGCCUUAUUAGAGAGUAACACCAUUAUUGAUCACGUCUAUUGCUCCCCAUCCCUGCGCUGCGUUCAGACAGCACACAACAUCCUGAAAGGUUUACAACAAGAAAAUCACUUGAAGAUUCGUGUAGAGCCUGGCUUAUUUGAAUGGACAAAAUGGGUUGCUGGGACUACGUUACCUGCGUGGAUACCUCCAUCAGAGUUAGCUGCAGCCAACCUGAGUGUUGAUACAACCUACAGACCUCACAUUCCAGUCAGCAAAUUGGUGGUUUCAGAAUCCUAUGACACUUACAUCAGUAGAAGCUUCCAAGUAACAAAAGAAAUAAUCAGCGAAUGUAAAAGUAAAGCAGGAAAUAACAUCCUGAUUGUGGCCCACGCAUCUUCCCUCGAAGCAUGUACCUGCCAACUUCAGGGUCUGUCGCCUCAGAACUCCAAGGAUUUUGUACAAAUGGUCCGAAAGAUUCCAUACUUGGGGUUUUGUUCCUGUGAAGAAUUCGGAGAAACUGGGAUAUGGCAGCUGACAGAUCCACCCAUCCUUCCUCUUACCCAUGGACCAACUGGAGGCUUCAACUGGAGAGACACUUUACUGCAAGAAUAAGCCCCAUGAGUGAACGAGAAGAAAAGCCCUUUAGAAAGCCUUUGGAGAAGUGUCUUUUUUUGAGUUGAGUCACAGUGGGAAAAUCCACACCACAUUCUAAGCGGACAGCUCAGAAUAAUUUAGCAUAUUUCCUUUCAUGCUUAAAGUUCUAUGAUGAGACCGUGUGAAUAAAAGAAAGACUUGAUUCAGGGAUAAAAUUCAUUCUCUCUGGACUCUCGCCUAGCUAACAAGGCUUUGGAGAAUGUUCUUCCUGUAUCAGGCACCUGCUACAGCAGAGGAAGUUUGCUUCCAUCCUUCUAUGCAUGGCUAAGGAGCCUCCCUCCUCCAAAGCGAACUGCCAGCCCACCCUGAGGAAGGCUGCAAGAGUAAAUACAGAGUCUGCCCAGAAGCCAGCUGGGGGACUUAGAGCUGCCAGUUUGGGGUUGGGAUUUUCUGUUGUAACUUCAUUUUUCCAUUAGGCAAAGCCAAGCUGAGAAGUCCUUUUAAGGUUAUUAGAAAAUAUGCCCCCACUGAGAGUUGUUCUUAGGUUACUCAUUACGUUCUAGCCUCACUAUGACCCCUACACCAGUGUUGCUGGCUCAAGACCCCUGUUCGAGGGCUCUAACAUUUACCCUGGUACCGCCAUGUUUUCUCUAGAGUAGCUGGCUCUUCCUGCUGGAGCCCUUUCCCCUUUAUUUCUGUGUGUGAAAUGGGGAGACCAAGAAUUGCUCUCUAAAGCACUUGUGGAUCCUCAGGAGGAAGAUAAGUAUUCGCUUGUAAAAGUAUUACACUUGUAAUUGUGAAGUAUCCCAUUGCAGAAACAAAGAACUUGCACAGUAUAAUGCCACUUGGAAUUACCUGUGUUGUAGUCUAAAAAGCCAGAGCACUUCUAAAUCACUGGGAUUUGCUUGUCUUUGUCCCUAGAGUCUAGACUGUGUUUAACUCGCUUAGGAUGUUGGCAUUUGGAAGGAACGUGUGUUAGAUAUGCUAUGUACGUCAGCAAGAAGUGCAUUCUGUGCAAUGUGUACAUCUUGACAAACCAUAGCAGGAGUCAAGUGGUUGUACACAUCUAGUACAUGUCUAACAUAACCACACAUCAACAAAUACAUCAGUUAGACCAGGGAUGUGUAAUGAAGUCAGGGAACUCAUUUAAAUGAUGGCAGCCAUGACUGCACUGCUACCUGUGCUGUCGUGGUCUUUGUUUUUCUACGGUAAUUUAAAAUAUGUAGGUAGAGCUUCUUAAGGAAGGGUAGGUGAGCCACGUUCUGUGGUUUCUCAUCCCACCUGCUCCCUACAUUUAGGGGGAGUUUAUUUAAAAGCAAAAUAAAUGACAAUCAAACCAAAAACAUCAGUUAUCGAUGUCUAUUUAAUUGUGUGACUAGCGUACUGUUGACUGCUGCCAAUUUGCAAACCAUUGGUCUGGCAUGGUGUAGUUCCCUAGGUAGAACAUGUGUGCCAAGUGAAAUCCCAGGCAUUGAAAGGGUACAUGAGUUAGGGGAAAUCAAAUCUAUACGCAUCGUGGCAUUGAAUAAGCUUCAAGCCCCAGAUGCAUAAAACGUGGUGCAUCAAAAUAGGUCUAUGCUCCUAUUUGAAACUGGAAUUUGAUAACCCCUGGAAACUAGAGGACGUGACAGGAUGCUGGCUAUGCGUGUUUAUCGGCAAGAGGAUUAUAGCCUUGUUUCUCUUUAAGUAACUUUGAAAAAUAUGUCAUAAAUUUUGUAUUUUAAGAAAAAACAUCUUGAUUUCUUCUAGCAUUGCAGAAAUACUGGUCCAGCUUCUGGGUACAGAAAUCUGCGUUGACAUCAUUCGUUAUACAAACGCUUUAACCUUAAGCUUAUGGGGAGGGGAAUGACUCCAUUAAAGGUUUUCAGAGAAAAGUCAAGUGGCAGCUAAUAUAAUGUCACUGCCAUUCAUUCUUAUGGUCGCCAUUGUUGUUAGAUGCCCUCAAGUCAGUUCCAGCUCACAGCAACCCACAGCAACAGAACAAAAUGCUGCCUGGACCUGCAUUAAAUUCACUGUUUAAUCAGGUCUAAUGUUUUGGAAACCCUGGUGGCAUAGUGGUUAAGUGCAAUAGCUGUUAACCAAGAGGUUGGCAGUUCAAAUCCUCCAGGCGCUCCUUGGAAGCUCUACGGGGCAGUUCUACUCUGUCCUAUAGGGUCGCUAUGAGUCGGAAUCGACUCCGUGGCAGUGGGUUUGGUUUUUGGUUUUUUUGAUCAUGUUUAUUAGAAAUUCUUCUUAAAUUUUCAUGGGCUUUGAAUGUUUUGAAUAAUGCUUGAAUACCUCACAUCAGAUUUCCUUGAAAACUAUAGCAGUGUGUUUGGGGCUGGGCCUCUAUUUGGGUAAAACAGAGUCCAGAAUAGUCUACCCUGUCCAUCUCGCUUGGCUGUCUUAGUCCUGGGGUGACUUUCUAAAUUAGAUCGGCUGGGCUACAAUCCUUUGUCCUUAGUCCCAUAUAGACACAGUCUUAGGUUGUGAUCUAUACAAGCAAAAAGAACCAGAGAUCUGAAAUAAUAUUUGAAUAAUUUAGGUGGAAAACGCAAUGUGCAAGAGUGUAUUCCUCUGCUUUAACUGUGCGAAUUAUUUAUCACGAGGGACUGGAGGAUCUGAAUUCACAGGAAAUUCUUAUUUCACAGUUACGUGUUUAGGAAACUCAACUUGUACUCCAGCUAAGAAAAUCUUUGGAAAUCGUGUCAAAUUAAUGUGUAAUAAAAGAAACAACAGCAUUACCUGAUUUCCUAUUCAUCCCCAAAUUCCGGGUUGUUGUUACAGUCUGAAGUAGAGGCUGUGGCUGGGUGUUUAUUAAGAACAAAUAGGGAUGAAACAAAAAAAGAGCAAAUAGAGGUUGGGGGAGGAAGGAAGAGAGAGGGAAGGAGGAAGGAAAAAAGGAGGACCUAGCCAGAUAAGAACCAAGUGAUUUCAUGCAGAGGAAAAAAAAUUCUUUUUUAAUGUAGAGUUACCUGAAACGAACUAGGGGAAAUGAAAUUAACUAAAAGAUUUAAUCUGGGAUUGAUUGUCUAAAACAGCUUCCUACCUGCAUAAGUUUGCCACGUGGAUCCCCUAAUGCCCUGGUAUUAUUCACAGAUAGGACUUUGUUUUCCGUGAUUUUAAAACGCCACGACUAUUCAUUCCUCUGUGGGUAGGAUAAUUGGCAGGUUUUAAUGCACCAGCCGGGCUUUCAUUUUCCCAGGCCCUCUUCACCACCGCUGCGCUGGUAGCUAGGAGCUUAGCGCUUCGCCCCAGUACAGUACAGUGUUUUCCAUUACAUUUAGAUUCACAGAAUCUGAAUGGCUGAUUAAAUGGCCAUCUGAUGGCUAAAAGAGGAGGGUAUUUUUCACCCUGUAGUGAAAGACUUGGAAGACUUUCUACUCUUUGUUUUAAUUAUACUUUAACCAAAGAAUUAUUUUAAAGUAAUCUUAUGUUUGAAAGAUGAUUUUGCAAAAAAAAUAAUAAUAAUUACAAAACACAAUCUUCUGGAGUGAUGUCCAUUUGGUAAUCGUUGAUAAUUUUCUCGAAUUUUCGGCUGAUGUGGUCAUUUUUGUGUGAGUGGUGUAAGGGAUGCAUUCCGACUGUCAUUGUGCUUAGCAUUACCAUAAAUGUACCUUUUCUUCUCAACUAGCUGUAUUCGUAUUAAAAUGAAACCUCUUGCUUCAAUUACCUAGUGUCACGGGCAACUAAUCGGACAACAGCAAGAGAAGAUCCUAUCUCGCCGCCUUUGUAGAAAAGGCUCCCUGCCUGGUAAAAAAGGAAGGCAUUCCUCUGUAUCUUAGGCACUCUGCGACUCCAGUGUAUAAUUUAAAAGCAGUGAUGAAUUGCUCUUUUGAAUUUAUGCUAAGAAAUGCAGGGGUUAGCAUACAGAUGAACCUCCGCUGGCUUUUCCCCCCGGGCAUCAGCAGAGUCAAGGCAGUACAGGGUCUGCAGGAACUUCUGAGAUAAUGAGGAGCAGGAUGCAGGGUCGUUUGCAUUUAAAUUGUAGUCCAGCACAUGUGGGAGAAAUAACUGGUCUACCUGGCUGCUUCUGGGGAGCCCUGGGACUGGAAGAGGAGGGAGGGCGGGGAAAAGAGCAAUUUCACAGCCUAUUCAGAUGAAUGCUCACGCUGCAAAGGUGAUGGGGAUAUUUUGUUAAGUGAGGGCAGCUGCUUUCCAUGUUUAAACAUUGGAUCAAAAUUGGAUUUGCUUCUCUUUAAUACUUAAACAUAUUGAAUUUUCCUAGGGAAGCAAUGAGCUAUAGUGAAAAUUCUAGGCAGAGGAAAAAAAAAAAGGUUGCCUCUAAAUGUAAAGGAGAUAACUUGAUUUUUAAAUACAUAUAAUGUGACGUUCAGUGUAUGUAGGUUUAAAAUUAGAGUGAUGAGUAGUCAAAUUUAAUGUGUAAUCAGUUCUUACCAAUAUUUUACACACUACCACUUAGUUGCCGUUACACACACACACACACAAAAACAAAUUUUGCAGCUGUUCAAAUAUUCAUGGGCUCUAUAAAAGAUACAUAUGUAUAACAGAAAAUGUACUGGUUCUUUCUUUCUCUGAUUGCCAGUCAAGAUGGGAACACUAUCCCAAAGCAUUUUGAUAGACCAUUCUAAUCCUGAUGUUUUUGGAGGUAUGUUGGUUUCUUUCUCAUUUAUAAAGCUAUUGUAUCAUUUUUUUCCCCAUGUAAUUCAGGUGUAUUUAUUUGAAGAAAAUGUAGCUAUUAAAAGAAAAGAAAACCACACCUAACUGUAUUGCCCAGUCCCUUGUAAACUCCCUGUGACGUCUGUGCUUUCCUGGCAGAGGGCUCUUUUCUCUAGAUACAGCUAUGGCAGCACUGUCGUGAGUUCAUUCCACUCAGUGGCCGUCUCUGUUUAAGUGGUUCAUAGAUGAUCUCGUAAAGAGAACCUGUGUUCUCAGUCAAUCCACAGCAAUCGCCUAUUAAAUUCUGGGUGGUCUUUAUUGUUAAAAUAAAAUCAAUGUUAAGCCAAUAAUAAAAUUGAUUGAAGUUUAUUUACCACGAUGUGCAAAUCAGAUUAACGCUUCUGACUUAAAGAGUAAGAAAUGCUCCAGAGAAGAAAGAUCUUCUAUAGGCUUUUUAUACCCCAGCUUAUUGUUAGUAAUUAUACAUUGCCAUAGAAACAGGGCCAUAAUAGGGUUAUAAAAUAACUUGUGGACGUGAAGGAUUCUACGCACCAUUUCUUGAAAACCAAGUGAAAUAAUCCAUGGUUGACUUUAAAGCAUAGCUUCUCAUUUAACCUUUGAGUCAUAUUGUCAAUUUGGUUAUGUAUAGAUAAUUUCUUCAAAAGAUCACAAUGCUUAUGUACAACCAAACACCUCAUGGGAUUUAGUUCCUUGGUUUGAAGGUUUAGGGUCAUAGUUUCACGGACAUCCCAGCUAAUUGGCCUAAUAACAUGUUUAGUGCUUCUGUUCUACCUCCUAGUUUGUUGCAUAGUGCCUGGCUUCUUAAAAGCUUGCAGUGGACAUCCAAGGCUUGACGAUUGGUCUCUAUUCACCCGGACAAACAGAGGAAGAAGGAGAGUCAGGAAUAGGAGGAGAAAUAGGCUAACUGCCUCCAUGAACAACAGCCUCCUUUGUCAUGAGACCAGAAGAGCUAGAUGGUGCCUGGCUACCACUACUGAACAUUUUGAUCAAAGACUCUAUAGAAGAAUCCUGAUCAAAAGGGGGUGAAAUGCAGGACAGAAUUUCAAAUUCUCAUGGACUCCAGACUUCCUGGAGCCAUGAAGGUUGGAUGAACCCCUGAAACUAUUGCCCUGAGAUAAUCUCUAAACCUUAAACCAAAAAUAUCUCCUAAAGUUAUCUUAAAAUCGAACAAUAGUUUAGCUAAACUAGUAAAAAAUGUCUACCUUGAUCAUUACGCUUUUUUAAGAACUAUAUGUGAUCAAAUCAACAGCAACUCAGAACAUUAGAUAAGAACCUCAGGUGGCAGUGAGUUUAUAUUAACGAGGAAAAAACAACUCAGAAAAGGAGGGUGAGAAUGGUUGCACAGCUCAAAGCAUGUUAUCAAUGUCACUUAAUGGUACAUGUAGAAACUGUUGAGAUGGUGUACGUUUUGCUGUGUAUAUUCUCAACAAAACAAAAUUUAGGAAAAAAGAAGAUCACAAUGCUGAAGGCAAACAUCCCCUACUAAUUAAGCUAAACUAUGGUCUGACUUAAAGAUGAAUUUCAGGGGCGAAUUUCAGUUUAAGGGUCAAGAUUUAAAGAUUACUACAAGGCAAUAGUUUCAGAUGGUCAUUUAAUCUCAAGGGCUCCAGACAGUCUGGAUCUCAUGAGAAUUUGAAAUUCUGUUCAUUUUCCUAUUGUUUUCAGAUGUUGUGCUCAUUAAGGGGCCCCGGGGGUACAAUGGUUGGGCAGCUAGCUGCUAACCUAAAGGUCAGCAGUUCAGACCCACCAGUCACUCCACAGUAAAAAAAAAAAAAAAAAAAAAAGACC